UUCCCCACCCGAUCUCUUGGCAUUUUUCCUCCCACACAUAACAUCACUCUCCAAAUCUGCAUUCCGCAAGAAAAAGCUUGCAAUAUAGAAGCAACACAGCACACGGAAACAGCAACAAUCUCUUCUAUGCUACUCUGCUGCAUGAAAGAGAAAACACCUUUAAUGGCUCACAAAUCCUCUGCUGAAUCUGAUGACCAGAUUCCUUGUCAACCACUGGAAUUGAAGAAAAAACCUCACCAACCCAAAGACAACAAGAAUAUGGAGCAACAACAAGAAGAUGAUAGUGACAAAGAAGAUACACAUCAUAGACAAACCCCAUCUGCUUCAAAAACCCAUUUCUGUAACAACAUGGAAAUUGCAUUGCAGGAGCUGGUUUUACCUCAUGUACUGGAUGUUGCAGAAGGAACUGUUGUUGAGCCUGAGGCCAUGGCAGAGGAUAGUGGACGCGAGAGGUUGAAGAGGCAUAGAGUUGAAGUGGCUGGAAGGGUUUGGAUUCCUGAUUUAUGGGGCCAGGAGAACCUUUUGAAGGAUUGGAUAGAUUGCUCUGCAUUUGAUGCUCCUUUGAAUUCUAGCAGGAUCAUGACAGCUCGAGCAUCUUUGGUUGAAGAGGGUAGAAGAACGACCACUGGUGGAUUUAGAUUUGAGUUCGGGUGUUGAAUUUUCAUUUCUGUGAUUCAGUUUAAGUUUAAUGACUACCAUAUAUUGAUUAUGGAUGGUUUGUUAAUCGAGAUAUUUAUAUGAUCCUUUUUGUUUUGUAUAUAUAUUCACCCGUAAGAAUUUGAUUUUGGAAAAAAAAAAAAUUUCUUCUUCUUAAAGCGUGGUAC